AUGCUGUCGCCCACCUACCACGUCCACCGUCUGGCACCGCCAGUCAGGCCGUCUCGAUCUUUGGAAGGCCUUGAACGGGUCAUCCCUCCGUACUAUCUCAAACAGCCUCCUUUUUCACCCUCGCGAUCCGAACUCUUCCUCAAUAAACCUCUUCCCGCUGAGCCGCUGCCCGAAGACCCGACCGAGGAAUAUUCCGGCAUGUGGAGCGACUCAAGCGACAGCGAGAGCACUGUCGAUUCCAUCGCCAGCCCCAGCGAUCCCCGCAAUUCCACGGAGAGUUAUCCUAUCUUCGUCAGUUCCAGCUCCGACGACUUCAGCGAUUUGGUCGAUCACCCGACCCCCCACACAUCAAAGGAGCUUGGCAAAGCGAGUACCGGGGAUGAUGAUGAUGAGGAUGUCCAUUCCAUCGCCGAAAAGUCAGAUGCCCAAUAUGGGCGGCUCUCUCACUGGUCCCAGAACCGAAGUGGCACAAAUCACUAUUUCCGCGAGAAGAAAUGGGAUUUCUUCCCUGAAUUGGCGACUCCGUCCGCUCUGCAAGCCAGUGGGCGAACGAGCCCCAGUCUUCGCAGUAGCAAAGCACGCAAGAAGGACGGACGUUUAAACCUUGCAGCGAAGCGGCGGCGGUGGCAUUCGCUGGAUCGAGCGGGAUUGGGACUAGCUUAUGGCGUCUGUGACUCUAUCAAGACUCACGUCCACCGCACCUUGUCCCGCGAGUCGACAGAGCCCAAACCUAAAGACAGCCCUCGACCCGCAACCGCGCCAAUGGAUCGAAUCGACCUCCCAACCAGCUCUGCCCGCUCUGGCGAGACCGUGAGCCUCGCCCCAUCUUCCACUGACAUGAAUCUCCAAUUCCGCGCCCUCUCUAUCUCCACACUCUCCAGCACCAGCGAGGUCCCACCCAGUCCACGCUCAGUCGGCCCACGGCAGAAACAACUGGCCGUGCCCCUGUCGCCAUACCAGAAAUAUGGGUCUGCCGUGUGGGAAACCCCCAAGACGCCGAAACCGCGCAGCUUGCGUCUUCCGAGACACAGCAAACACGCCACACCCUCGUCGUCCUCGUCGGAUGUCUGCAUCGCCAAUCCGACACCCCCUCUUUCGCCACCACUGAAACUGCACCUCCAGCAGGGAUCUCGGGAUGCCAUGCGUGCCUUGCAGGGGGCGAGGAGGAAGAUGGUCGAGUCCAAGGACGAUCGGCGCCGUGAGCUACUGAAGUCGCAGAUUAGGCUGGUUGGGCCAGUCAACCCACAUACGUGCCUGCAGGCAGAUCCAUGGCUCUGA